AUGCCUCUCUCACACUCCUCGACGAACUCGAAUUCGAACAAUCAGCCGCCAAUCCCCAUAUCAAUCACCAUCUGCGGCGAUGGCGGCUGUGGUAAAUCCUCCAUCACACUGCGCCUGGUGAGGUCGCAAUGGACCUCCGAGUACGACCCUACCAUCGAGGACAGCUACAGCAUCACGCGGCGCAUCGAUGGCAACACCUACCACCUGUCACUAACCGACACCGCCGGCCAGGAGGAGUACCGCGGCAUGUGGGCUAGCAGCAACCUUGGCGCGGAUGCCUUCCUGAUGGUCUACGACAUUACCUCCCGCGACUCCCUGGACGCCCUGCAGUACUUCAACGACCUGAUCGACAUGGAGGCCGAGACGCGGCUCGACAAUGCGGCUCGCGCGCGCAAGGCCGGCGUCAACCCACUACAGGACAGCUAUGGCGGCGGCGGCUCGGGUGCCAAGACGGUGCCGCCGGUGAAGAUCAUCGCGGGCAACAAGUGCGACCUGCAGGAGAGCCGGCAGGUGCCGGCGGCGAUGGGCCUGGACUGGGCGAGGCGGCGGGGCUGCGGGUUCAUGGAGACGAGCGCGCGGCUCGAGGUCAACAUCGAGGAGACGUUUGCGCUGAUUGUCCGCCGCGUCGUGGAGGGCCGACGGCUCGCAGAGAUGGGCGUGCUGGACCAUGAUCCGGCGCAGAUGGACCGGCGCGGCAUGACGAAGCCGUUGAGCCCGCUGCCGCCGAGCGAGAAUGAGAAGGUUGGCGCCGAUGGCAGGGGCCCAGGGAUGAGAGGGCCGAACCUGCAGGGAGACAAGAUCGGCAGGGGCGGAGGAGGUUUCUGGAAGAAACUUAGGUGCUGGUGA